AUGAGCGCUGGCUGGCCAUUGGAGCCAUGGAUGAAGAGGAGACGUCACAGGCGGCCGCCGAGGAGGCCAGCUGCAGCUUUUUGGCUGCGCAAGAGCUCCAAGCAGAAGAGGCCUACAUGCGCUGUGGGAGCAGGCGAAUUCGGACAGUAUUUUCAAGGUUUUCGGCCAUGGAGGGCAUUGACUUGCGGCGGCAACGUGUCCAGUGGGUUUGUGGAAUGGCCAUGGCCAGGUGUGGUCUUGGAACUGUCGAAGACAGGACGUGGCUAUUGCUCUGACGAAUGUGAAUGCUUUGCGCCAUGGCGCGGCUUGCUCUGUGAUACGCUCGAUGCUGGCGGCACCACACAUCGCCGGAACUACUCGGCUGCGAUCCAAUACAUCGUCAAUGAGGACCCAACCCACCUGGCAGAGUUGCGGCACUCGCUGCGGAACCUGUGGCGGCACUUUAACCAGAAGUUCGACUACCCGGUACAGAUCUUCCAUGAUGGGCUCUCCGACGAGCUUCGCGCGGGCUUAGUGCGGAGCUCGUCCAACCGGCUUUGGUUUCAUCACCUUCCAAAGGACUUCAUCCCUGAGCCUCACCAGCUCCCACCAGAACUUUCAGUGGAGGACGAGCACCGUAGCGUCUCUCAUACCUUCUCCGCAGGAUAUCGAGCCCAAUGUCGCUUCCGCUCGGGGCCUCUCUUUGAGCAUCCUGCUGUGGCGACGCUGGACUACCUAAUGUCCUUGGAUACGGACAGCAUGUUUCCUCGCGAGGUGAACUGGGAUCCCAUCGAAGCGAUGCAUGGCAACGGCUCGCGGGUCUUAGGCUAUUCCAGCUUGCUGGUAAGUUCAAGCGCGUAUGUACGUGGGUUGUGGCCAGCGGUGCUGCAAUUCUUGGCCUAUGAAGGCCUCGACCUGCGACAGGGUAGGGCACCAGAGCACUUCUUGCGCAGGCGUUGGGGGGGACCUAGGACCACUUGGUGGCCUACAAUGGGCUGGUGGUCAUGA